AUGGUGUCUGCCUUACAAGAUCUAUGCAAGCAGGGCUGCCUCAGAUCAGCUCUCAUGUCAUUUUCAUAUGUGUUUCAUGAUGAAAAUGAUGGUCUUGCAAGUGGAAUAAUCUAUAGUGGCUUUGAUGCAACAACCGACUCCACCAUUGAUCAUCAGCUUUUUGACCAUGACAAAAACUUGGACAACUGGGACCAUCAUGCUGAUAUUCUUCUCCCCUGUGUGUUAUUUCUUAUCAUGUUUGGGAAGCAAUGUUUAUCCUCUACAUUGUACAGUGAUAGAACCCACAGAGCUUCUGAUCAGAAUUCCGCUUGGACCAGGCAGCAUUCCUGUAUUUCCCCAGAUCGAUGUGAGAUCUGUGACAAUCUCACAGUUGAUGAAGGUCAUCAAUCAGUAUCUGAAAUCUUUAUGAAUUCACAUGGGCAUCUGACAACAUCAUCCCCACAAUUCCAUGGACUGCUCUAUCAUCAAAUCCCCUGUACUUUACCUUCCCUGGCUUAA